AUUGUUACAGGUUUCACACUUGUGAUAUGUCCUUUGAUAUCACUUAUGGAAGAUCAGCUCAUGGUUUUGGAACAGCUUGGUAUUUCUGCAGCUUUAUUAAAUGCCUCAAGCAGUAAGGAACAUGUGAAGUGGGUUCACACCGAAAUGCUAAACAGAAAUUCACAACUGAAGCUUGUUUAUGUCACCCCGGAGAAGAUUGCAAAAAGCAAAAUGUUCAUGUCAAAGCUAGAGAAGGCUUAUCAAGCAGGGUGUCUUGCUCGCAUUGCUGUAGAUGAGGUCCAUUGCUGUAGUCAAUGGGGCCACGACUUCAGGCCUGACUACAAGUCUCUUGGUAUCUUGAAAAGACAGUUUCCCAAUACUCCCUUGAUUGGAUUGACAGCAACUGCUACAAAUCAUGUUUUAAAAGAUGCUCAGAAAAUUUUGCAUGUUCAGAAGUGCAUCACCUUUACUGCUUCUUUUAACCGGCCCAAUCUUUACUAUGAGGUUCGGCAUAAGCCUUCAAAUAAUGAAGAAUUCAUUGAGGACAUAGUUAAGAUGAUUAAUGGAAGAUAUAAAGGACUCUCAGGAAUUGUUUACUGUUUUUCUCAGAAGGAUUCUGAGCAAGUUACUAUGAAUUUGCAGAAACUGGGAAUCAAGGCAGGGACUUACCAUGCAAACAUGGAUGCUAAAUGUAAGACCAAAGUUCAUAAAGGAUGGGCAGCAAAUCAGAUCCAGGUUGUAGUGGCAACUGUUGCUUUUGGCAUGGGAAUUGAUAAACCUGAUGUGAGGUUUGUAAUUCAUCAUUCUAUGAGCAAAUCCAUGGAGAACUACUACCAAGAGAGUGGACGUGCAGGUAGAGAUGACCAAAAAGCUGACUGCAUUUUGUAUUAUGGUUUUGGGGAUAUAUUCAGAAUCAGCUCAAUGGUAGUGAUGGAAAAUGUAGGGCAAGAGAAGCUCUAUAACAUGGUGGCCUACUGCCAGAAUAUGAAGAAAUGUCGCCGGGUCCUCAUAGCCCAUCAUUUUGAUGAAGUAUGGGAUUCUGCAAAGUGCAACAGAAUGUGUGAUAACUGCUGUAGGGAGAGCCCAUGUGAGAAAAUGGAUAUAACAGGAUACUGCAGGGAUCUAGUCAAGAUACUUGAGCAGGCCGAACACAUGAGCGAGAAGCUCACCCCACUGAAGUUAAUCGAUGCAUGGUCUGGGAAAGGUGUAGCAAAACUGAGGGUGCCUGAAGUUACUCCACCCAAGUACCCUCGAGAGGAGCUGGAGAGAAUUAUUGCCCAUUUACUGCUGCAGCAAUAUCUGAAGGAAGACUUCAGCUUCACAGCAUUCGCGACAAUAUCCUACCUGAAGAUAGGACCAAAGGCAGGUCUGCUGAAAAAUGAGGGACAUGUCAUAACUAUAGAAGGGAUAACAAAAAAGAAAAGUGUUUACAAGGCCAAACCAUCUCAAUCUUCGAAUUCAAAAGGAAGCAGAGAAAAUGCUCAGACUGUUUCAAAGACUGUCCAAGAUUCAGUGGUGAAGAAGUCACAGGAACAUAAACGGCCUAACUGUGGGUCUAACUUAAAAGCAAAGAAGCUUAAGCUUCAGGCAGGUGGAGAUGAUCAGCCAAUAGUUCUUGACUGAGUUUCACAGGCUGCGUUUAGGAUUUAAUCAUGUUUACUUCUCCAUGGACAAUGCAGUGUGUAAGUUCAGUUUGUUUUAGUAAUGGGUAUUUUU